AUGAAGAUUGAGUCGCUCGAUGCGGUGAAGGACGCGAGGAAUAAGAGCAAGGAUAUUCAUCUGCCUAGCAUCGACAUCUCUUUCUGCUCGAAUCGCAUCCUCUCUGGCGCCUCGCUCACUCUCGCACAUGGUUGUCGCUACGGUUUCAUUGGCCGCAAUGGCGUCGGGAAGUCGACUCUACUGCGGCAUAUCGCCAUGCGUGAUGUCCCGAUUCUGGCACAUAUCACUAUCUUAUUCGUGGAGCAGGAGGUCACCGGACAAUCAUCGGCGACGACACAAUUGCCAUCGACUCAGUCCUCAAAGCCGACGUCUGGCGCGAACCAGCUCCUACGCGAGGAAGCCUCGCUGAACGCACGUCUCGCCACGCUCAACACGGACGCAUCAAAAGCGACGGACAACGCAUGCGACGAGUUGAACUCGCAGUUGAGCGAUGUGCACGCUCGCCUAGCGGAUAUGGACCCUGCGUCUGAUCCGGCGCGCGCGGCAGCGCUGCUGGCGGGGUUGGCUUUUAGCGAGGCGGACCAGCAGAGGCCCACGAAAAGCUGGCCGGCAGGUUGGAGGAUGCGACUGGCGCUUGCGCGUGUGCUGUUCGUGAAGCCUGCAUUGUUACUGCUCGGCGGGCGGGCAAUCACACUGACCCUCUGUGUAGUCGCCUUGAACGCGCUUGCAUGGCUCGAGAACUACUUACAGACCUGGGAGGGAACGCUGCUCGUCAUAUCCCAUGACCGUGCAUUCCUCGACGCCGUCGCGACGGAUAUCAUUCACCAGCACUCCGGCCGCCUGGACUACUGCAAGGGGUGCGGUGCUCCCACGCCUAUAAGCGGCCGAGAACGAUCACUGACUUGGCUGAGCGACGUGACAUUCGGAUACGACCCGGCUACACCCAUUCUCAACAAGAUCCCCAUCGACGUCGGCCUCGAUAGCCGUAUCGCGGUUAUGGGCAACAACGGCGCUGGAAAAUCGACUCUCAUCAAGUUAUUGACGGGCGAUCUCAGCCUGUUGGCUGGUCAGCUGAACCGCAACGGCCGUCUCCGCGUCGGAUGCUUCGCUCAGCACCACGUCGAGACACUCAUUCCGACGAUAUAUCCCGUGCAGUUCCUCGUGAGUAAGUCCCCUGGCAAGACGGAGCAGGAGUAUCGCUCGCAUCUGGGUAACUUCCAGAUCGGAGGUAUGACUGGGAUGCAGCUGAUCGGAACCUCUCGUCGAGAGGACAGUCGUGUGGCGCUUGCGGUGCUGAGCAUGCUGCGCUCGCAUAUCUUGCUGUUCAACGAGCCGACUAACCACCUCGACCUCGAGAGUCUCGACGCGCGCAUGAAGGCGCCGAAUGAAUGGAACUGCAGUGUGAUCAUCAUCUCCUAUGACGAGUGCAUCAUCACGCACGUUGCCAAUGAACUCUGGGUGUGCAGCGAUCGGACAGUGUCGAAUUCCCACGGCGAUGUGCAGGUGCAUACUUAA